AUGAAUGUGAUAGGUGAACCUAUCGAUGAAUUGGGUCCUAUUGAGUGCAAUACCAGAUGGCCUAUUCAUAGACCAGCUCCUACGUUCUCUGAGAUGGAUACUGUUGCUAGACAGUUGUAUACAGGUAUUAAGGUUGUAGACCUGUUAGCACCAUACACCAAGGGUGGUAAGAUUGGUCUCUUUGGUGGUGCUGGUGUUGGUAAGACAGUUGUUAUUAUGGAGCUUAUCAAUAAUAUUGCUAUGAAGCAUGGUGGUUUCUCUGUCUUUGCUGGUGUUGGUGAGCGUACUCGUGAAGGUAAUGAUUUGUAUCAUGAGAUGAUUGCUGGUGGUGUUAUUAAGAAGGAUAAGGCACCAGGCAGCAAGGCUGCUUUGGUCUAUGGCCAGAUGAAUGAGCCCCCAGGAGCUCGUGCUCGUGUUGGCCUUACUGGUCUUACUGUUGCUGAGUACUUCCGUGAUGAGGAGGGUCAAGAUGUAUUACUCUUCAUUGAUAACAUUUUCCGAUUCACCCAAGCUUGUUCAGAGGUGUCAGCUCUAUUGGGGCGUAUCCCAUCUGCUGUGGGAUAUCAGCCUACUCUAGCUACAGAUCUUGGUGCCUUACAGGAGCGUAUUACCACUACUAAGAAUGGUUCUAUUACUUCUGUACAGGCUGUUUAUGUACCAGCUGAUGAUCUCACUGAUCCAGCACCAGCUACUACCUUUGCACAUCUAGAUGCUAAUACUGUAUUAAGUCGUCAUAUUGCUGAACUUGGUAUUUAUCCUGCUGUUGAUCCACUGGAUUCUACCAGUCGUAUGCUUGACCCUUCCAUUGUUGGACAAGAACAUUAUGAUGUUGCUCGUGCAGUCCAGAAGGUCCUCCAAGAUUACAAGUCCUUGCAGGAUAUCAUAGCCAUUCUAGGUAUGGAUGAGCUCUCGGAAGAUGAUAAACUUACUGUAUCCCGUGCAAGGAAGAUGCAGAAGUUCCUCUCACAGCCCUUCUUCGUCGCUGAGAACUUUACUGGUCUCCCUGGACGUUAUGUUGACUUACCAGAUACCAUUUCAGCUUUUCAAUCCAUUCUGAGAGGAGAUUGUGAUGAUAUUCCUGAGGCAGCAUUCUUCCUUGUUGGUGAUCUUAACGAUGCUAAGGAGAAGUCAUUGAAGUUGGCAACAUCAGCUACUACUGGUUAG